AUGAAUAUCACUACGCCAAUAAACUUCCAUCUCCUAGCAUUUUCCAAAUCUGAAGAACACUAUCAUAUUAUUUUUAUUGGGCUGUUACUGAUGUACCUACUGGCAUUAGUUGGAAACAUGAUGAUUAUUGUGCUUGUAUGUCUGGUAUCCCAGCUGCACACCCCCAUGUACUUCUUUCUGUGCAACCUGGCAUUCCAGGACAUUAUCUCUGUCUCUGCUUUCCUGCCAAAGCUGAUGGCCAUCACAAUUACAGGGGACACCAGCAUUUCUUUUUCCGACUGUAUAACUCAGCUAUUUCUCUUAAUAUUUUCUGCCUGUGCUGAUUUUUUCCUGCUAGCCAUCAUGGCUUAUGAUCGCUAUGUGGCUAUUUGUGUCCCUCUACGUUAUCACCUCAUUAUGAGCCCAAGGUUCUGCGUCCUGCUAGUGACAGCUUCUUGGAUUAUCUGUGCCACCAAUGCAAUGUGCUAUUCUUUGUUUAUAUCUCAUGUGUCAUUCUGCAGGCUUUUUGAUAUCAAUUAUAUAUUUUGUGAAUCCAAAUACAUGGUGGAGAUUUCCUGCAGUGACACAACCCACAUACAGACAUUGGUAACAAUUAAUACACUCUUAGUAGGGAUCCUUUCAAUUGGGUUGAUCUUAACAUCCUAUGUCUAUAUCAUAUAUACCAUCCUAAAGAUAGAAACUUCAGCUGCAAGACUCAAGACUUUCUCUAACUGUUCUUCACACCUUACAGUUGUAUUGCUCUUUGGUGGUUCCGGUACCAGUUUGUACAUGAAGCCAAAUUCAGAAAACUCUCAAGAAAUUGACAAGAUGCUUUCCCUGAUGUACUUGGGUUUUAUCCCAAUGUUAAACCCUUUGGUCUACAGCCUCAGAAAUAGACAAGUUCAUUCUGCUGUAAAGACAGUACUUACCAAAUAUAUAUUAAAUGCAAUUUAA